GCACUGCGACCCCGGGACGGCACCGAGGACUCCAACAGUCACCGCAGGCCACGUCACCGAGUCGUAGCGCGGCUCCGUCCCUUCUGUCCGCUCCGCAGACCCCAGAACAGGCACCAUGGUCAUCGAGAAGAAAUACAAGCCGGACGAGGAGCCGGACCCAGAACCCUUCCUGUUCGUCUCGCUGGAGCAGAAGAGACUGGAUGGAACCAAGACGUACGACGCCAAGACGGCCUGUUGGUUUCCCGACGAGAAGGAUGGCUUCGUCCUCGGCAAAAUCUUAUCGACCACUGGUGACAAAGUCAAGGUCCAGAUGCCCAACUUCGAGGAGAAGGAGAUCAAGAAGGACUUGCUGCAGCAGGUGAACCCUCCCAAGUUCGAGAAGUGCGAGGACAUGUCCAACUUGACCUACCUCAACGACGCCUCCGUUCUGCACAACCUCAAGCAGCGCUACUACAACAAGCUCAUCUACACGUACUCGGGCCUAUUCUGCGUCGCCAUCAACCCGUACAAGCGUUUCCCGAUCUACACCUUGCGUGCGAUCAACAUCUACAAGGGCAAGAGGCGCAAUGAGGUGCCGCCGCACAUUUUCGCUCUGGCUGACGGAGCCUACAACGACAUGAUGGCCAAUGGAGUAAAUCAGUCCAUCCUGAUUACCGGUGAGUCGGGUGCGGGAAAAACGGAGAACACCAAGAAGGUCAUCACUUACUUCGCCAACGUCGGCGCCACCGGCAAGAAAAAGACCCAGGAGCCAUCGAAGGGCAACCUGGAGGACCAGGUCAUCCAGACCAACCCGGUGCUGGAGGCGUUCGGCAACGCUAAGACGACGCGUAACGACAACAGCUCCCGCUUCGGUAAGUUCAUCCGCAUCCACUUCGGCCCGCUGGGCAAGCUGGCCGGCGCCGACAUCGAGACCUACCUGCUGGAGAAGGCUCGCGUCAUCUCGCAGGGCCCGCUGGAGCGCUCCUACCACAUCUUCUACCAGAUCAUGUCCAACGCCAUUGACGGCCUGCUCGACCGCCUGCUGCUGUCGCGCGACAUCUACGACUACCACUAUGUCUCCAACGGCAAGACCACUGUGGAGAGCAUCGACGACCGCGAGGAGAUGGAGAUGACGGACACGGCGUUCGACGUGCUGAACUUCACGCAGGACGAGAAGGACAACAUUUACAGCAUCGUGGCAGCCGUCAUGCAGCUGGGCGGCAUGAAGUUCAAGCAGAAGGGUCGCGAGGAGCAGGCCGAGGCGGACGGCACGACGGAGGGUGAGAGGGUUAGCAAGCUGCUCGGCGUCGACGGCCCGGAGCUGUACAAGAACCUGCUGAAGCCGAGGAUCAAGGUCGGCAACGAGUUCGUCAACCAGGGUCGCAACAAGGACCAGGUCUAUUACUCGGUGGGCGCGCUGGCCAAGAAUAUGUACGAUCGCCUCUUCAAGUGGUUGGUGGUGAAGAAGGUGAACGUCACGCUGGACACCAAGCAGAAGAGAGCCUCCUUCAUCGGCGUGCUCGACAUCUUUGGAUUCGAGAUCUUUGAUUUCAACAGCUUUGAGCAGAUGUGCAUCAACUUCACCAACGAGAAGCUGCAGCAGUUCUUCAACCACCACAUGUUCGUGCUGGAGCAGGAGGAGUACAAGCGAGAGGAAAUUAACUGGGUGUUCAUGGACUUCGGCAUGGACUUGCAGGCGUGCAUCGACCUCAUGGAGAAGCCAAUGGGAGUGCUCUCCAUUCUCGAGGAAGAGAGCAUGUUCCCGAAGGCCUCCGACAAGACAUUCGAGGAGAAGCUGAAGACCAACCACCUGGGCAAGUGCCCGCUGUUCGUGAAGCCCAAGCCGCCCAAGCCGGGGCAGACCGAGUCUCACUUCGCCAUCGUCCACUAUGCCGGCACGGUCAACUACAACCUGACUGGCUGGCUGGAAAAGAACAAGGACCCGCUGAACGACACCGUGGUGGACCAGUUCAAGAGGGGCAAGAACAACCUGCUGGUGGACCUCUUCGCCGACCAUCCGGGCCAGUCAGGCCCCAAGGAAGAGGCGAGCGCCGGUGGCAAGGGAGCCAAACGCACCAAGGGCUCGGCAUUCCAGACUGUCUCGGCAAUGUACAGGGAGCAGCUGAACGGCCUCAUGGCCACCCUGCACGCCACCUCCCCGCAUUUCAUCCGCUGUAUCAUCCCGAACGAGACCAAGUCGGCGGGUGUCAUCGACUCGCACCUGGUGAUGCACCAACUGACGUGUAACGGCGUGCUGGAGGGUAUCCGUAUCUGCCGCAAGGGAUUCCCCAACAGGCUGGUGUACCACGACUUCCGCCACCGUUACGUUAUCCUGGCUGUGGAUGAGAUGAAGCCGUACAAGGAGGACCGCGACGCCACGCAAAAGUGUCUGGAAGUGCUGGAGCUGGACCAGGACAAGUUCAGAAUGGGGCUCACCAAGGUCUUCUUCCGUGCCGGCGUUCUGGGAGACCUGGAAGAGCUGCGCGAUGACAAGCUCAACCAGAUCUUCUCCUGGAUGCAAGCCUGCAUCCGCGGAUACAGGUCGCGGAAGGAGUACGAGAAGCUCAAGGAACAGCGGGCCAUGCUGCUGGUGGUACAGCGAGCUAUCCGCAAGUACAUGAAGCUCAACGGCUGGGCCUGGUUCCGUCUCUGGAUCCGCGUCCGCCCCAUGCUCUACCAGACCCGCAUCGAGGACGAGCUUAAGAGGCUGAAGGAGGAGGCUGAGGCGGCGGAGGCGGCACUGGAACUUGAGCUGAAGCAGCGCAAGGAGUCAGAGGAGGCCAACAUCAAGCUGCUGAAGGAGAAGAACGAGUUGCUCUCGCGGCUGGAGUCCGAGCGGGGCGAGAUGGGCGACGAGCUGGCCAAGCAGCAGAAGCUGGCGGCGCAGAAGGCCGACCUCGAGAGCCAGCUGACUGACGCCCAGGAUCGUCUGUCGGAGGAGGAGGAGGCGCGUCAGAAGCUGUCGCAGGAGAAGCGCAAGAUGGAGCAGGACCUGAGCAGCUUCAAGAAGGACCUGGACGAGGUCCAGGCCACCAUGAAGAAGCUGGAAGCCGACAAGACGGCACGCGACCACAAGAUCCGCACCCUCAACGACGAGAUCUCGCAGCAGGACGAGCUCAUCAACAAGCUGAACCGCGAGAAGAAACGACUCCAGGAGACCCAGCAGAAGACGACGGACGACUUCGGCACCCAGGAGGACAAGGUGGGCCACCUGACCAAGGUGAAGGCCAAGCUGGAGCAGACGCUGGACGAGCUGGAGGACUCGCUGGAGCGCGAGAAGAAGACGCGCGCCGAGAUGGACAAGGCCAAGCGGAAGGUGGAGGGUGACCUCAAGCUGACCCAGGAGGCCGUGGCCGACCUGGAGAAGAACAAGCGCGAGCUUGAGCAGACCAUGAUGCGCAAGGACCGGGAGAUCGCCCAGCUGUCCACGAAACUGGAGGAGGAGCAGGCCCUGGUCACCCGGCUGCAGCGCACCAUCAAGGAGCUGCAGGGUCGCAUCGAGGAGCUGGAGGAGGAGCUCGAGUCCGAGCGCCAGGGCCGCGCCAAGGCUGAGAAGCAGCGCGCCGACCUGGCACGUGAGCUGGAGGAGCUGACGGAGCGGCUGGAGGAAGCAGGUGGCGCCACCGCCGCCCAGAUGGAGCUCAACAAGAAGCGCGAGAACGAAAUUGCCAAGCUGCGGCGUGACAUCGAGGAACAGAGCAUCCAGCAGGAGACGACCUUGGGUGGCCUGAGAAGGAAGCACAACGACGCCAUCACCGAGAUGGCCGAACAGAUCGACCAGCUGAACAAGUCCAAGGCCAAGUCCGAGCGCGAGGCAGACUCCAUGCGCAGCGAGGCGCAGGAGCUCAGGUCGGCGCUCGACCUCACCAACAACGAGAAGGCCAGUGAGGAGAAGCAGACCAAGAUGCUCCAGGAUCAGCUGGGCAGCAUCAACUCCAAGCUGGAGGAGGCUAACAGGACGCUCGGCGACUUCGACAGUGCCAAAAAGAAACUGACCGUCGAGAACACCGACUUGAUGCAAGAGCUGGAGACGGCCGAGUCGCAGCUGUCGCAGCUGCAGAAGCUACGCGCCACGCUGCAGACACAGCUGGACGAUUGCAACCGGCUGUGCGACGAGGAGGGACGCGAGCGCGCCACCAUCCUCAGCAAGUUCCGCAACCUCGAGCACGACAUCGACACCAUGCGCGAACAGGUGGACGAGGAGGCGGAGAGAAAAUCGGACCUGGGCCGCCAGGUGGCCAAGGCCCAGGCUGAGGCUAACCUGUGGCGUAACAAGUACGAGCAGGAGGGCGUCGCCAGGGCUGAGGAGUUGGAGGAGCAGCGCCGCAAGCUGGCCGUCCGCCUGCAGGAAGCCACCGAGCAGCUGGAGGUGCUCAACCAGAAGAACAUCAGCCUGGAGAAGAUCAAGGCGCGGCUGACAGGCGAGAUCGACGAGAUGCAUGCCGAGGUAGAGCGUGCCCAGCAGCUGGCUAGCCAGAUGGAGAAGAAGGCCAAGGGCUUCGACAAGAUCAUCGCCGAGUGGAAGAUGAAGGUGGAUGACGUGGCUUCCGAGCUGGACACGUCUCAGCGCGACUGCCGCAACUACAGCACCGAGCUGUUCCGCGUCCGGGGCGCAUUCGACGAGAGCAACGAGCAGCUCGAAUCUGUGCGCCGCGAGAACAAGAACCUGGCCGAUGAGGUCAAGGACCUGAUGGACCAGAUCAUGGACGGCGGCCGGAGUCUGGCCGAGGUGGAGAAACUGCGCCAGCGGGUGGAGCAGGAGAAGGAGGAGCUGCAGUCGGCGCUGGAGGAGGCCGAGAGCGCGCUGGAGCAGGAAGAGAACAAGGUACUGCGCGGUCAGCUGGAGCUGAACCAGGCGCGCCAGGAGAUCGAGCGGCGCAUCCAGGAGAAGGAGGAGGAGUUCGAGGCCACAAGGAAGAACCACCAGCGUCAGAUGGAGUCGAUGCAGGCUUCGCUCGAGGCCGAGGCCAAGGGCCGUGCCGAGGCGAUGCGGAUGAAGAAGAAGCUGGAGACGGACAUCAACGAGCUGGAGGUGUCGGUGGAGCGGGCCAACAUCGAGACCAUGGAGGGUCAGAAGACCAUCAAGCGGGUGCAGGCGGAGCUGAGGGACGUGCAGGUGCAGCUGGAGGAGGAGGAGCGCUCGCGUGCCCAGGUGCGCGAGGCGCUGAGCCUGUCCGAGCGACGCGCCAACGCCCUGCACGGCGAGCUGGAGGAGAGCCGGACCCUGCUGGAGCAGGCCGACCGCGGUCGCCGCCAGGCGGAGGCCGAGCUGGGCGACGUGCAGCAGCAGCUGUCGGAGAGUGAGGCCAACUACAACAGCGCCUCCGCCGCCCGCCACAAGCUCGAGGAGGAGGUCAAGACCCUGCACGUCGACCUGGACGAGAUGCUCAACGAGGCCCGCUCCUCCGAGGAGAAGGCCAAGCGUGCCAUGAUCGACGCCGCCAGGCUGGCUGACGAGCUGCGCGCCGAGCAGGAGAACGCCCAGUCGCACGAGCAGAGCCGCAAGUCGAUGGAGUCUGCCGUCAAGGACCUGCAGAUCCGCCUGGACGAGGCCGAGGCCAACGCCGUCAAGAACGGCCGCCGCAUCAUCUCCAAGCUAGAGGAGCGUCUGCGUUCGCUCGAGUCCGAGCUGGAUCAUGAGCAACGCCGUCACAGUGACGUCACGAAGAACCUGCGGAAGGCUGAUCGUCGCAUCAAGGAGCUCAUCUUCCAGGCGGACGAGGACAAGAAGAAUCACCAGCGCAUGCAGGACCUGGUCGACUCGCUCCAGCAGAAGAUCAAGACGUACAAGCGGCAGAUCGACGAGGCGGAGGAGAUCGCUGCCCUGAACCUCGCCAAGUACCGCAAAUGCCAGCAGGAGGUGGAGGCCUCGGAGGAGCGUUGCGACGCCGCCGAGUCGGCCGUGGCCAAGUUCCGCGCUCGCGGUCGUGGCGCCUCCACCGCGCGUGGUGUCACCCCUGCUCGCUAGAUGGCUCUGCCGUACCGAGGUGGCGCCCGCCCGCCGACCGCCGGCCCCUCUCUGACCCGAGCUGUCUGUCCGCUUGCAGUCUGCUAGUCGCCGGA